AUAUAGAAAUGGCGAUGCUAUCUCAGCAUUACAAACUUUUUAUGAGCGAGUCAAUUCACAUGCUGCUGGGAGUGUUUUUAUAUACGAUACAUGUGGUGUCAAGGAUGUAUCGAAAUCAUUGAUUGAUUUGGAGCGUUAUCCAAUCACCAGAAUCAAUAUCACCAAAGGAUUUAUUUUUGCUUGUAUUCAAGCAGCCAAUGAAUUCGAAGAUCAACGCUCGCGCUUUUUCAUCGAAAAUGAAAUUCGUGAUGAUUAUAUGGAAGUACGUGAAGGUCUUGAUUUUGCCGGCAUACAAUUCAUUGAAUCACUAAUUGUAUAUUCAUCGCAGUCGAACAAGCGCCCUUGUCCAUCAAGUGUUAAUUACACUGGUAUGGUGACUCAUGGAUCCACAGGCGAUAAUCAUGAGCUUGAAUCGAUAAUACAGCAUGAUAGUUACCUUGUCGUGCCAAGCUAUAGUGAAGCUAUGCUUAUGGAACCAACCAAUCAGCAUGUCCUUCCAAAUGGUAAUUUCCGGAACCGAAAUCGUGUUGUAACAACCUGUAGUGAGAAUGUUGUGAUUAUGAAUUACGGUGCUGUUCGGAAUUCACCAAAGCGUUUCUUCCGAAAUGAGCCCAGACGAUCAUCAAACGGGCGUGAUUUCAGAGACCGUACCCCUUUUCAAAGUCGCUCUGUGAGUUUGAUGUUCAAUAAAGUAACUGGUCGAUCGUACCCAUUGAUCGUAACCACACCGUCAUCAGCGGUUCCACGAACACUAAAUGGUUCUCCGCGAUCAGCAACUAUUGCAGGCCUAUCAGCAGCAUGGCGUUCCCCUGGUUACAAUACGAUAAAUGAAGAAUCGAUGGAUGAUCGAUAUCCUUUAAUCGAACCGAUGAAACCUAUCGAUGAAGCACCUCCUCCCUACGAGGCAGCGCUAAGGAUGUGCGCACCAUUUUACAAACAAUUACGGCGAUCAGCGAAUUCCCUAACAUCUCGUUUAAAUUCAUUGUCACGAUCAACUAGCAAAGAACUUUCCUAUAAGAGACAGGUUGGUCUCGAGGAUCAAGGAUCGAGUAGGGAUGGUGGCUAUUGA